UUAACUUGUCCAGUCGGCAGGCCGCCUGUGACAACAUGGUUGCUGUGACGGCCUCACUGAAAUCUCUCUCAUAAUUGAGCAAGACAGCCAUCUGCUUACUCAGCCUGGACCUCAGCUUCUACCUCUGAACAUGUCCUUCUCAGCACCCAGUACCUGGGAGCAGAUGUUUCAAGAACUGAUCCAGGAGGAGAAACCCAGGGCCAAGUGGACCUUCCAGUUGGAUAAGAACAUUUUACCCUAUGUCAUGGCCCCGGGAUGGCGGCAGUACCAGCAGACAGGACUUGGCCGGUUCCAGUGUUCCAUAUGUAACAGAUGGUGGAUUUCUGCUCAAGUGAAGAUCCUGUGCCACAUGUACCGGGAGCCAGGGAAAUCGCAGGGCCAAGUACUUAUGAGGAUCUUUGGUCAGAGGUGCCAAAAGUGUUCUAAGUCUCGAUUUGAGAAUCCUGACUUCUUCACAGACAGCAUCAGAAGGAUUCUGGAGAACCUAAUUAAUUAUAUUCUGCAGAAAUACUAUGGUCAUGGCUCCAAGAAGAAACCAUCAACUUCAAAUGAGAAACCUCUUGAGAAGGUGCUUUUGAAUAGACCCCAUGACACAGCCAAUUGUGAGGCAUGUACUCUGGGCUACCAUGGAGCUUGUUCCUUUGCAUAUGAAGCAAAUCUGCAAAAAUCCCUAUCUUCCCAACCAAAGAGCCACAGUUCUCUUCCACCAAACAGCCACAGUUCUCCUCCACCAAAGAGCCACAGUUCUUCCCCACCAAUGAGCUACAGUUCUUGCCUAAAAAUGAGCCACAGUUCUUCCCUAACAAUGAACCACAUUUCUCCCCCACCAAAGAGCCACAUUUCUUCCCCACCAAAGAGCCACAGUUCUCCUCCACCAAAGAGUCACAGUUCUCCUCCACCAAAGAGCCACAGUUCUCCUCCACCAAAGAGCCACAGUUCUCCCCCACCAAAGAGCCACAGUUCUCCUCCACCAAAGAGCCACAGUUCUCCUCCACCAAAGAGCCACAGUUCUCCUCCACCAAAGAGCCACAGUUCUUCCCCACCAAAGAGCCACAGUUCUUCCCCACCAAUGAGUUAUAGCUCUUCCCUAACAAUGAGCCACAGUUCUUCCCCACCAAUGAGCUACAGCUCUUCCCUAACAAUGAGCCACAGUUCUUUCCCACAAAAGAAUCACAGUUCUUCCCUACCAAAGAUCCACAGUUCUUUACCUCAGACUAGGAAUAUGUAUUUUGAGAAUAGGCAUUUUGAGGAACACAGAGAGCCCCGUUACACAGAGCUGUUAAUGGUUUUCUCUCUUGCCGCACUUACCUUUAUUCUUCAAUUCUUUAAAUAAUAGGCUUAUCAUGUUGUUUUCAUUCUAUGGUUAUCAAUAAUAUGGAUGUCAUUUUAACAUGACAGUGAAUUGAUUUGAGAUCAAGCAAGGCCAAGAAUGUAGAGUAAACAAACAUGGUUUCCUGGACAUGCUCUGAAAUGACAAACACAUAAUGGACUCCAAAACAAAUUUGUAUUAAAUCACUGAACAGUCUCAAUUUGCU